CAUGCAUAAUUAACCCUUAGGUCUUCGUGUUCCUUGCUGUCGCCGCUUAUCUUCCAAAAAAGGAAUACCUUGCUGUCGCUUCUUCUCCCACGAAACUAAAGCGUCGCCGGAAAUGGAGUACGUGGAUUCGCUCACCGGAUUCCGCUUAGACGGCCGUCGUCCGAAUGAUAUGAGGCAAAUACGUGGAGAGAUUGGGGUUGUCGCAAAAGCUGACGGAUCUGCCCUUUUUGAGAUGGGAAACACCAAAGUCAUUGCUGCUGUUUAUGGACCAAGAGAGGUCCAAAAUAAGGGCCAACAGAUUAAUAACCAAGCAUUAGUGCGAUGUGAGUAUAGCAUGGCUAAUUUCAGCACUGGGGAUCGUACAAGAAGACCAAAGGGGGACAGACGCUCUACAGAAAUAUCUUUAGUAAUUCGCCAGACAAUGGAAGCAUGUAUUCUAGUACACUUGAUGCCACGCUCCCAGAUUGACAUUUUUGUACAAGUUCUUCAAGCAGAUGGAGGAACUCGAUCAGCUUGUAUCAAUGCUGCAACUUUAGCACUUGCUGAUGCUGGCAUUCCUAUGCGUGAUAUUGUCACCUCCUGCAGUGCUGGAUAUCUUUCUUCCACACCCUUACUUGAUCUAAACUAUGUAGAGGAUAGUGCAGGAGGUCCAGAUGUCACUGUAGGGAUUCUAGGAAAGAUGGAUAAAGUAACUCUUCUUCAGAUGGAUUCAAAACUACCUAUCGAUAUUUUUGAAAAUGUUAUGCAACUUGCAAUAGAAGGAUGCAAAGCGAUAGCUCAGUACAUACGGGAAGUUUUAUUAGAGAAUACAAAGCUAUUGGAGAGUCGCAAAGGUCUAUGAGGAGAUUAUCAUUGGCGGCUCUCCCUUCUACGACGUAUGGUCAAGCUGCAAUUUGAUUUACUAGACACGCAAUGUGCUUCCAAUUGCAGAAGGGUUUUCCAUCUCAAACACUAAUUUUGAGCAAGAAACUGAAUUUGUAGCAAGUCCCUCCCAUUGUGAAUUAGUUUAUCCACAUGAUUUGAAAGGUGGGAAAAACUACAAAACUAUGUUUUUCCAUACUUGAAACCUUUGAAGUAACAGUCUUCUUGCUAUCA